GAGGAACUUUAUUUUCUUUCACAGCUUGCAUGUGUUUAAGACACGACAGUGUUAAACUCUUCUUCACAUCGUUAUGUGGUUAAAGUUAUUUCGUAUUUUAAUUUUUUAUUUUUGUAGUGAGCUCUGUGCCCAACAUGGGGCUUGAACUCACGAUCCCGAAAUCAAGAGUUGUAGGCUCUACGGCCUGAGCCAGCCAGGUGCCCCUGGUUGUAGUUAUUUUUAUGUGUUUUGGAUAGCUUAGCUUUCUGUGGGGCUCUGGAAACCACAGGAGAACCCCUCCCUCCCGCCCGUCUCCCCAACAUGCCCUAAGUAGGAUUAAAGGCAUCCUGCACUGAAAAUGUGUAAGACAUUGUAAGAAAGACCAUCAGAGCCCCUGUAAUGUGAAAUUCCGGGGGCUGCUCAGGGUGCUUUACUGAGAGCGUAAAUAUGAGACUGUUGAGUUAGUCUUUUCCCACCUUUUGUACCCACGUGUCGCCCUGCGUGAUGUCUAGGUGUGGCAUUCCAAAAUGACAGUCAACUAAAAUGCAACUGAAUGCUACCUGCAUUUCUAUUGUUGUUUCACAGAUUGUCAGACGUGAAGCCCGUGUCACAGUAAAUUCAAAUUAAAGAGAGUAAACUAUAGCAGCUAUUCUUAAGAGAUCCAGCCCGUGACAUGGCGGCAGGUGGGUCAGUGGAUGUGAACUAUUCGGUAGAGUAAUUGGCUAACGUGCUGCUGAUGUCAUAAUUCUCCUACUCAAUAAUGGGCUAGUUAUGCCGGAAGGCGCAGCAGUUUGGUGUGGGGACUUCUGCUUCCGGUACAACAGCACUUGAAAGAGAGGCCUUCCAUUGGUGUUCAGAAAGGAGCAAGGAGCAGGGGUAGGGGUCAGUCCCAGCACAGUUGAAGAAUAUAGCACAGUUGCAUCUGUAAUGAUGGCUCACUCAACUGGGAACAUCUCUCUGGAGACCAUCAUGCAGACAUCAGAGACCGGGUCGGACACAGGUUCGACAGUGACUUUACAGACAUCUGUGGCUAGUCAAGCAGCGGUACCUACCCAGGUGGUGCAGCAGGUACCGGUACAACAACAGGUACAGCAGGUCCAGACCGUACAGCAGGUACAGCAUGUGUACCCAGCCCAGGUGCAGUAUGUGGAAGGAAGCGAUACUGUCUAUACCAAUGGAGCAAUCUCCAGCCCCUGGCAACCACCAUCCUACUCCCUGUUCUUCCGAACAACAACUUACCCUUACACAGAAACGCAGAUGUACAGCCAAAACACUGGAGGGAAUUACUUUGAUACUCAAGGGAGUUCUGCGCAGGUGACUACCGUGGUUUCAUCCCACAGCAUGGUGGGCACCGGUGGGAUUCAGAUGGGCGUCACCGGAGGACAACUCAUCAGCAGCUCUGGAGGAACCUAUCUUAUCGGCAAUUCUAUGGAGAACUCUGGUCACUCAGUGACACACACUACUCGGGCCUCCCCAGCGACAAUUGAAAUGGCGAUUGAGACGCUGCAAAAGUCUGACGGUCUGUCCACUCACAGAAGCUCUCUUCUCAACAGCCAUCUCCAGUGGCUGUUGGACAAUUACGAGACCGCAGAAGGAGUGAGCCUUCCUAGAAGCACGCUGUAUAACCACUACCUACGACACUGUCAGGAACACAAACUGGACCCAGUCAAUGCUGCUUCUUUUGGAAAACUAAUAAGGUCAAUUUUUAUGGGGCUCCGAACCAGGAGAUUGGGAACUAGAGGAAACUCCAAGUACCAUUACUAUGGGAUCCGUGUCAAGCCAGAUUCCCCUCUUAAUCGUCUGCAAGAAGACAUGCAGUAUAUGGCUAUGAGACAGCAACCCAUGCAACAGAAACAAAGGUACAAGCCUAUGCAGAAAGUGGAUGGGGUUGCAGAUGGUUUCACAGGAAGUGGUCAACAGACAGGCACAUCUGUUGAGCAAACUGUAAUUGCCCAAAGUCAACAUCAUCAACAGUUUUUAGAUGCAUCUCGAGCACUUCCAGAGUUUGGAGAAGUUGAAAUCUCUUCUCUGCCAGAUGGUACUACCUUUGAGGAUAUCAAGUCACUGCAGAGUCUUUAUCGAGAGCACUGUGAGGCAAUAUUGGACGUUGUCGUGAAUCUUCAGUUUAGCCUGAUAGAAAAACUGUGGCAAACCUUCUGGCGCUAUUCUCCCUCUACUCCAACCGACGGCACUACCAUCACCGAAUCAAGCAAUCUGAGUGAAAUAGAAAGUCGACUUCCGAAAGCAAAGCUGAUAACUCUGUGCAAACAUGAGUCUAUCCUGAAAUGGAUGUGUAACUGUGACCAUGGGAUGUACCAGGCUUUGGUGGAGAUUCUCAUCCCCGACGUGCUUAGACCUAUUCCUAGUGCCUUGACCCAAGCCAUUCGAAAUUUUGCAAAAAGCCUUGAAGGUUGGCUUUCCAAUGCCAUGAACAAUAUCCCACAGAGAAUGAUACAAACCAAGGUCGCCGCUGUAAGUGCCUUUGCCCAGACUCUGCGAAGAUACACGUCGCUCAAUCACCUGGCCCAGGCAGCUCGCGCAGUGCUUCAGAACACUUCUCAGAUCAACCAGAUGCUCAAUGACCUCAACCGCGUUGACUUUGCCAAUGUCCAGGAGCAGGCCUCCUGGGUGUGCCAGUGUGAUGACAGCAUGGUUCAGAGACUGGAGACGGACUUCAAGAUGACCCUCCAGCAGCAGAGCACCCUGGAGCAGUGGGCCGCGUGGCUGGACAACGUGAUGAUGCAGGCGCUGAAGCCCUACGAGGGGAGGCCCAGUUUCCCUAAAGCUGCCAGGCAGUUCCUGCUAAAAUGGUCUUUCUACAGCUCAAUGGUUAUUCGGGACUUAACCUUACGCAGUGCUGCUAGCUUUGGCUCCUUCCACCUGAUCCGUCUCCUCUACGACGAGUACAUGUUCUACUUAGUAGAGCAUCGUGUUGCUCAGGCAACAGGAGAAACACCCAUUGCAGUCAUGGGCGAGUUUGGUGAUUUAAAUGCUGUAUCUCCUGGAAAUCUGGAUAAAGAUGAAGGCAGCGAAGUGGAAAGUGAAAUGGACGAAGAACUGGACGACUCUUCGGAGCCCCAAGCCAAAAGGGAGAAAACCGAGCUGAACCAGGCGUUUCAAGUGGGUUGUAUGCAGCCCGUUCUCGAGAGCGGCGUGCAGCCCAGUCUCCUGAAUCCAAUUCACAGCGAGCACAUCGUCACAAGUAGUCAGACUAUCAGACAGUGCAGCGCCACGGGAAACACCUACACUGCGGUCUAAAGAAUAUUAAAGCGUAUUUUUCCAGCUAACGUUACCCCUGUUGAUAUAUUGGGCUUAAGGUGAAAUUUUAAUAAGCCUGAAGGUCGACUGUUGUCAAAUUCUAUCUGUGCUGAACAUUACCUUUUUGGAGUUGUGAAAUGGAAUGGAUGUAUGUAUUUUGCCAGGUGUUUUUUUUUUGUUGUUGUUGUUGUUGUUUUUUUAACGUAAAAAAAAAUCAUUUGCCUCUUAAUAAGUUGUUCUUUUUUUUCCUUUAGUUUCAGGUGUCAAGAAGGAUUUUUACCACACCUAAUGCCAAUGUGUUCGUUUUCUUAUAAUUAAAAAGUGAUUUACAUUUUUUUGUAGCUUAAAAUAUUUGAUUGUUGAUUGUUAGUCUUGGUGUAUGAUUUCACGUGUGAGUUUUUAAUUAGAUGCACUUCUGUGAAAUAUCAAAAGAAAUGAAUUCCUUUGAUUUACACUGGAGGCAUGCCCAUUUGGCAGCAGAUGCAUUGAAUUUGCUUUUGAAAGGUGCUUUUCAUUGGACGGAACCACAAGACACGAUUUCGGUAACUCUUUGGUACGGAGAGAGAAUACAGAGCAUUUUUAUCAUGGCGCUAGAGGGUUGGGAAGGUCAUCUGUUUUUCUCCGGAGAAAAAACCUGGAGCUAGUGCAUUUAUCUGUUCAGAGUAAAUGACAGACCUGCAAGAGAUUAUGCUAAUAUGUACAUAAUUUGUGUACAUAAUUAUUAAACCCUAUUAACGCAAGCUUCCGUUAAACAUUGCAUUUUAACCGUUAUUUGCAUACCGAUUCCUCUGUUUAAAGACUACUGAUUCUGUAUUUGGGACCACUGCACAGACGCAUUCUGCUGUUGAGCGGGGCUGUUAUAGUUAGAUACUGAAGCUGAAAAAAAAAAAAUGACUUGACUUUUUUUGUGUUUCGUUUUGUUUCGUUUUGUUUUUAAGUGUACAUGCUACUUAUGCUGAACUGGACAUACAGGAAACCAUUCCAUUUGGAUGACUUUCUUUUAUUCCAGGUCUUUUUCCUAAUAGUAGUUCCCUCUGCUGCUAUUAUAAAAGAAAAUUUAUAGAACGCAAGGAAUGUAGCAACCUGCAUAUCGUUAUUUCCUUCAAAUCUAUUUCCUGGUUUCUAAAGGGUGUGGAUUUUAAAUUGUAAACACAACCUGAGGGCAGUAUAGCUGGCUCACCACACUGUUGCUUUAUCCCCAUUUCUGUAGGAUUUGGAUAGGUGGCUGGAUGGACCAGUGCCAUUGAAGAAUGUACAUCAGGGAUCAUCGUACCUCGGCUAUUACAUGGUGCCUUAAAACAGAACUGAAGUUAAGGUUUUAGUAAGGCUUAUUUUGUUCAUGUGAAUUCCUCCGCAAUCCAUUUGACAAGGUGUGCCUGUCCCUUUCCGAUUCCCGAAGUGAGGACAGGUUACGCGCUCUUCAAAGGAAAUGUAGGGCGAACAAAGCAAAGCAAAAAGACGAAAACUCAAUUCCCCUCUUGGAGUGACCGCGGACGUACUUUUUGUUCGUAGAGCUGACUAUGACUCGAUUACCCAUCAGAUUGCUUAAGGGCGUGGAACAGCGGACUGGUUUUUAAUUACCAACUUGUCGCGUACCAUCACAGGUGUUUCAGACCAUUUGUAUCUAGUUCUCAUGUAAGAAAGUUGACGAAAUAAGCAGGGACUUAUCGAAGUGCAUCUUGUCGGUCUAAAUGUUUGUGUCUGCCUCUUGGUGUCUGUGUGUCCAUGGCAUACACACGUGCCCGCGGGCGGGAGUCAGCUGCAAAGUCAGGUGAGGUCCUAGACGGGACCCACCCCCCAUCCAUCCUUAUGUUAAUUUACAUGAAAGCCAAGGUUCUUUUAAACACUCGAGUUAUUAACAACCGCCACACACACAAAAAACAAAAACAGGCACAGCCAUUCAUUUUAAUCGUUUUUAGAAAGCUGAUCAGCAAAAAUAAUACAUAAACACAAAGCCCCCUCCCCCCCCCAAAAAAAAGAAAGGGAAAGCACACAUGAUUUACAGAUUGUUAAUGAGGCCUGUCUCAAACUCAAGAUGUUUGUCUUUCCGGUUUUCCUGGGGUGGGCGAGAGGGCUUGGAAAGAGGGGGAUGAGCCAGUCCGUAAAGUGAAAAAUACCAAAUGGCGUAUCGGGUACCACGCGGUGUGUUUUCCCUCCGGUGGCCCGAUUGCCUCACACUAUUCACGUAACAAAGAUCAACAGAGUUUCUGAAGUCAGCUUGAAACGUUUCAGAUGUAAUUUUAUAUGACUCAACUCAGGCAUCUCUUUGGAAAGUCUUCACGAGCAUUCGACCAUCACCUCACCCAAGUAUCACUUGAGUGGCCCUCCCCCUCAUUCUUCUCCCCAAAAGAGGUGAUGGGUUGGUACCAUCACACGCACAAAAAAGGCAAACACACAGAACACCUUCACCACGAAAACCCCGCACGUCUAGCUCCUCGUGCGUUGGGGAACGUUUACAGGUGGAAUUAGUUCGAACCACAAGACGAAAAAGAACCCCCCCCUCAUUUCAACUCUCCUUUCUGAGACGCUUCUUCGCUUUCCUCUCCCCCGCCCACCAGCCCCAGAACUGUGUUCCAUCUGUAUCGGACCAAACGUUUUUGCUGCUUUCGUCUUGUUUCUUGGACGAUUUUAAAUGUAUCUAUUAUCACUGUUUAACGUUGGGUAUGUUUGUAUCAUUAGAGGGAUCUGAUCCUAAUGGGCAGAGUUCGAUGGAUGAAAGGUAGGGAUUGGGGAGCCUCCAGGAUUCAACAUUUUUUCUAGGUGUUCGUGGUUUGCAUGAACCAUUCUCACUUUUCAGCCUGACUCGCUAAACACGUUCUGGGCUCCUUUGUGAACACGGGAGCAUUCAUCUGUGACAAGGGCAGAUAGUUUUGACCAACAGACAAAAGCGCGUCUUCAUUCUUUGCUACUUCUGGCGAUCUGUCGUCCACAGUAAGAUAGGACACACCCCUAGUCAGACACAGACAUCUCAGCCAAUCUUGACUUGGCCUCGUGAGGUAUAUUAGAAAACUCAGACCUCACCCUUUGUACGUCUGAGGAGAGUCGAACGAUCCCAAGUAUUGCUUUGAUUUGACAUUUCAUUUUCUUUUCUCUCAUUCAUUGAAACUGUGACUUUUCUACGUAACCGUGACACUAAGACUCUCAGAGUAGAUGUAUUGACAAGUGACAAGUCUACACUUUAAGGACUUCUUGACAUUUCUUGACGUUGUAAUCAAACCACUAGUCAUGGAAACUAUCUACACAGACCAAGUGCUACACUUUCAGCGACGAAAACGUAAGGAAGGCAUGUUGGCUGUUUUUAAGUUUUAGAAAAGAUACUUCCGUAUAAGAGGAUUGCGUCUCGUGGGUAUGGUUUGACCUUCACAUACAUACUUUGAGAACCAUACCUGGAAGAUUUACGUUUCAUGAAGCCAGUGAACAAUGGGGUGAAAUGGGGGGACCAUCUCCUCGGAACACAGGGCCCAACUUUAAAAUUUUUCUUUGGAUAUCAAAUGGCUGGUCACUUUUUCAGGAUUCUCAUCCAGACCAUGUUUGGACUGACUACUUUAAGUCUUACUGCCUUUUCAGAAAUCUGCUUUCCUUUUUGUGCUUUUUCUUGUACUGUAUAGGACGGUUCACGCACCUCUCUUUAGAUGGUGUACUUUAAAAAAACAAAAGCAAAUUUGAGAAAAUGGUUUUAACACUGCAUACCUAAAAUUAGUCGCGUGCAACGUUGACUGCCUUUGAUUUGUAGUGGGUGAGUAAAAAUGAACACAUUUCUCGUGGAAUAACGCUGUCAGAGUCAUCCGGGAAUGACUACGGUUUCAUUACUGUAAUCAUGAACCUUUUUACAUGAAUGCACUCUCUCGAAGUGCUAAACGUGAUGCAUUUUCAAAUUGGAAAAAAUUCUUCAGAUGAUAUAUUUGAGAUGUCUAAAACGAUGCUGUGCUUGAGACAUUAGUGUAAAAGGGGGGAAAAAAAGAGUGUCACGGUGAUGUUGGCCCUCCCUGGGUGGACACAAGUAGAAAGUAAACAACUUUGGCAAACCGCCUUCCUGUACGAUUUGAGGCAGUAGUUAUAUACAGCAAAUUGACCUUCGUUAUAACCUUCUCUCCCCCAAAUUCUUGGUGAGAAAACCACUCGCAAAAAAAUCGAAAUCCGAACUGACGAUCUCUAUGAAUCACAGCAGAACAUGGGGGAGAGGGGUUGACAUGCAGUGCUAUGAAAAUUGGGCUUGUCACUCGAUCAGAUCAACCUCCAUGUAUAUGGUUAGAACAAAUCAAUGAAUGGAAUCCUAGUAUUUCUGCAAGUUUGGUGAUUUAAAAAAAAAAAAAAACUGGAAUAGAAGCAUUAAUUCAGUGCUUAGUUCUAGUAUUAGAAAACCCCUUUGAUGUAAUGCCUUGUAUUAACCCUUUGAGCAUUGUAAGAUAUACAAUGGGGGACAAAAGCCUUUCAGAUCAUUUAUUUAGAGUUAGACCGGUAAAAUAUACUCUAUAUCCAAAUGUCUAAUUAUGCUGUUUUUUUAAAGGGGGGGAGGGGGAGGAAGAGAAAGUGUUUCCAUGCUGAACACUUGCAUUUUAUAUACAACUCUUAAUUUUCUUCUUCAAGAGGGCUUGAUAUAUUUAUUCCCAAAUAUUCACUGCCAUCUAAGUAAGUGUACUGUUUACAGAAAAAAAAAAAAAUCAACUUUUCUAGCAUCACAUCAUGACUCUAGAAAAGGAGAACAGAUACAUGGGCCUGUAGACCUAUGUCCUAACUGAUCUCUGCACAUCGAAAAGUACCUAGAUUGCCUUUAAAAGGUAUGAUAAAGAAAGGGUUACGUUUCUUUACUUUUUUGUUUUUUUCUUUCCCCAAACAAAACAAAAAGAUCGCGUUAAUUUAGCUUUAGGAAGUACAAUUGUUAAGCGAAGCCUUAGGAAGAAAUGAGUUCGAGUGGGUGAAGCAAAGCUGAACUCUUCGGGGGCAGGUAAGCUAUUUGGAGUUAGAGCUCUCAUAAAACAGCAUUUUGGGACUUUCACACAGGGCCUAUCUUUAUCUGUGCUCCAAAACCUUUAACACUUUGUCCAAAACAGUAGACAUAGAUAGAAUGGAGAGCAAAGCACUUGAUUUUCAGCUCCUCUGUCGGGAGGGGCCGUGGCGACUGCUUCCGAGAUCUGUAAAUGCCAGUCUGCCUCCAGAGUUGCCGACUUCGUUCACGGGCCGCUCUGCGUGCACUCGGUCCCCCCCUGUCCCCUGCGCGACGGAGCCUGAGAGCGGUGUCGUCUGCAGAUGUGCGCGGCGGCCCCGGCCGGGCGCACGGCAGAGUGUGACCUAUUCCGAUGUCUGGGGAAGGGACAUCCGUAGCUUAGUGCAAGUCUGCCGUGAACAUGGCUUUUUUUAGACGGCGUAGGAAGUCAAACCAUGCAAAUUACUCAUGUGUUAACAUGCAAUACUCAAAGGGUUUUAAUUUAACUCUCUUCUUUUGGAUUCUUCAUGAUGAUUUACUGUAAAUGCUUCUCAGUUUGCAUGCUCUGAUCAUUGCUGCUAGUGAUUUUAUGUGCCAGUACACCUGAGUUUAGUUUACCAACUUUACUUAAAUAGUAAAAGCCACUUACAAAGUGACUGCCUAGGAUUUCUUUUUUUCCUUUGGAGUAAUCGGUAAUCCGUCUUAUUUUCAGAACUGUGUUUUGUCUCUUACUUGGUUCCGGUGUUUGAUUCUUUUCACCCCCUCCCUUCUUUCCUUUGUUUUUUAAAUAAAUUACGAUGUUGGGAUUGGAAGCCCUGAGUAAUGAAAUCUUUGGUAAGAAUUGUUGCGUAGGCUCAAUAAUGAGAACGACAAAUCACUGUCAGAAGAAUUUUGAUUCCGGGGGAGGAAGGAGAAAAACAAAAACUCCCACUGACUGUUGAUAACUGAGUAAAUUUUUCCUUCAACGAAUUAAUAGUUUUGAACGAACGAUUGCCUUGUUUUAACCUGCUAAACACAAUUUUAAAUGACCCAAUAAAGGAGGUAUUGAAUUUUAUUCGUUUGAAAAGUAUCUUUUGUACCAAAGCAAAUUUUUUUCUCUACUCAUCUCCAUCAUCAAUUGGGACCCUAUGGUGGUGACCAACGCGUUGUGAGUGCCUUGAGAAAACUUGGAAAUUUGUGCCUGGGGUGGUAAACUUUUAAUUAGGUUAAUUGUAGUGCUUACCAAUCAGUAAUUCUACUAUCACUCAGGGCUUUCGUACCUUCUAGGUAAAACUUCUUUCAUUGUGUUUUUUUUAAAAUACUGUAUUUUUUUUAAGUGCCAUCAUUUAAACUUCACUUAGUAAGUGGCAGAUUACAUUAUUCAGUCCCACAAGCACAGAAACAUAGUAACACUAGGAGAUAUUUGAACAUUUAUUUUACAAUCGACUGAAUAUAUUAUGUAAAUGAGGUAAGCAACUUUUGUAGAGAUUGUAUGUGUGAGAUAAUGUAAUGUUCUUUUCCAGUUUUUGGACUCCAGUUGAAUAAACUUUUUAAUUAUUUAAAAACAUCCUUACCGAAUAACAUGUGAUGGUUUUUUGUAUAAUGUAUUUGAUUUUGUAAAUACGUAUUUCCUGAUGUGAUUUUUGUGAGAAAUGCUAAAUCUUUUAGUAUAUCAUGUCCUCUCAAAAUUGGCAGGAGUUAAAUAAUAGUUUGUGGGCGAUUUGUAUUGUGUACUGUACAAUAACUGGGGAACUUUUAUAAUUAUAAAAAUAUAUAUUAACUUUUAGUGUGUUGUUUAAACAAAUGACUGGAACAUACUAAAGAUAUUAGUAGGAUUUUUCUGAAUAUUUCAGACUUGAACUCAGGCUAGCUUUCUUGUGUUUUUCAAAACAAAAUGGUGUCUUGUCUUUUAAAAUCAAUAAAUUUGUUUCCUUGUUACAAA